AUGAGUUGGGGAGAAUGGUGGCCGCACGAUCCAGUGGUAAAAACAGACUCAUUAGAUCCGUACCUUGUCAAAGUACAGAAAAAUAAGGUUUAUUGGUACUGUGCUUGCGGAACAAGUAAAAAUCAACCGUGGUGCGAUGGAAAACAUAAAGGAAGCGGAAUUAAACCACUGAUGUAUAUUCCCCAGUCAAGUGGAUACAGACUUUUGUGCGGCUGCAGAAAAAGCACGCACCUUCCGCAUUACGAUUUUGCUGACUUAUGGGUUCGAGCGAAUAAGAAUGUUCCUAAGGCUGCUUUAUUUACAUACGUUGCGCUUUUUUCGUUUGGCAUCAUGACAUCAUGGUUAUUUCACCCAUGA